AUGAUGCUCUCGAGUCUUCGACUUGUCUCCAGGCAAGCUACCCGCCGACCUGCCUCUGCCUUUGCCAACUUUGCCGCCGUCCGCGCCGCGUCCACUUGGUCAGCCGUCCCUCAAGGUCCUCCUGCGAUUCUCGGAAUCACGGAAGCUUUCAAGGCCGACAAAUCCGACAAGAAAAUCAACCUGGGCGUUGGCGCAUAUCGAGAUGAUCAGGGCAAACCCUACGUCUUGCCCUCCGUUCGCGAAGCCGAACAGAAGGUCAUCAACGCCAAGUUGAACAAGGAAUACGCUGGCAUCACUGGCGUUGCCGAAUUCCCUGCCCUGGCCGCUAAGCUGGCCUAUGGUGCCAAUUCACCUGUUCUGGAUCGCGUUGCUGUUACCCAGUCCAUUUCUGGCACUGGUGCUUUGCGCAUCGGCGCCGCCUUCCUCCAGCGAUUCUUCCCUGGCGACAAGAAGAUCUACAUCCCGACACCCUCGUGGGCCAAUCACAAGGCCGUCUUCAGCGACUCUGGCCUCCAAGUUCAGCAGUACCGCUACUACAACAAGGAUACCAUCGGUCUCGACUUUGAGGGCAUGGUUGCUGAUAUCAAGGCAGCUCCUAAGGGCAGCAUCUUCCUCUUCCACGCCUGCGCCCACAAUCCUACAGGUGUCGACCCUACUCCAGAGCAGUGGAAGCAAAUUUCGGACGUUGUGAAGGCGCAAGCUCAUUUCGCCUUUUUUGAUAUGGCUUAUCAGGGCUUCGCCAGCGGUGACACUGACAAAGAUGCCUUCGCUGUCCGCUAUUUCGUUGAACAGGGCCAUCAGAUUGCUUUGUGCCAAUCCUUCGCCAAGAACAUGGGUCUCUAUGGCGAGCGUGUCGGAGCCUUCUCCCUCGUCUGUGCCGACGCCACCGAGAAGAAGCGUGUCGACUCUCAGCUGAAAAUUCUCAUCCGCCCCUUGUACUCCAACCCCCCAAUUCAUGGUGCCCGUAUCGCUACUGAGAUCCUCAGCAGCCCCAAACUGUACAAGCAGUGGCUCAGCGAGGUCAAGGGCAUGGCAGAUCGCAUCAUCACCAUGCGUGCUCUUCUCAAGGAAAACCUGGAGAAGCUGGGUUCUAAGCAUGACUGGUCUCACAUUACCAGCCAGAUAGGCAUGUUCGCGUACACUGGCAUGACUGCUGAGGAGAUGGAUAAGCUUGCCAAAGAGUUCUCCGUCUACGCCACCAAGGAUGGUCGCAUUUCCGUAGCUGGCAUCACCUCUGACAACGUUGGUCGACUCGCCGAAGCCAUCUACAACGUCAAGGGCUAA